AUGGACCCCAAUACUGGUUAUCCCGCAGGCUAUCCCGUCCCGACUCAGAGCCCCCAAAACCAACAGAUGCCUUUUUACCCUAACGCUGUUCCCCAAUACCCCCAAUCAAAGACACCGUCUGCUCAACAGUUUGGUGCUAUGCCCAUGCAGCCUGGUCCCGGUGGAGCUAUGAUGCCUUCUGGUUUCCCCCAACAAUCUUCCGCACCUAUGGAUAAUUUCUCAGCGCCCUACGCCCAGACCCCCAUCCCUAACCCCAUGGGCCAGUUUGUCCCCCCUCAAGGCACAUCCGGCGCAAACAUGCCAUCUCAAGUAGCGCAGACCUUCUCUCAAAACAUGGCUUCCAUAUCAGCGAACAACCUGCUUGGCACACAACCAAAACCCCCUUCGCAAAUGAACUCGCCCCAAACCGCUGCCUCACCUGCGGCUCCAAACCAGGCCCAGGCCCAAGCUCAAGCUCAAUUUGCAGCGCGUGAAAAAGCCCGCGUCACGGCCCUGCUUGACAUCAACUCGGCCUUGUUACAAGAAGUGGUGAACCUUCAAGCGGCCGGCAAGGCUGGCCCCGCCUCCAACCCCGAUACAAAUUCACCCGCGUCAGAGCAACCGGAUGCAUCCAAAGCCAAUCAGAAGCCGAGCCCCGAAUACAUUGAGUGCAUGCGACGUCUACAAGCCAACCUAGCCUACCUCGCGACUAUCGCCGAUCGAGCAAAGAAAGCGGGUGGUGUCAUUCCUCAAACGCCAGCGAUUAUGACACCGCCCCCCAACCUUCCCGCUGUGAAUGAGCUAUAUGCCAGACUCAACGAGCUCUUCUCGCGGUCUGCAAAGGCCUCUACUCCGCAAAGACCGAGUCCUCCGUCCAUGCAAGGAAAUGGCGGACCUAGCCCUGGCGCUAUGACUGAGUCGAUUAUCUGA